AUGGGCAGACAACCUGUGCGACUCUACACCAAGGGCACCUUCGUGGGCUUCCAGAGGGGCCACCGUACCCAGAACCCCGACGUCGCCCUCGUCGCCAUCGAGGGUGUCCAGCAGAAGGAGGACACUGAGUUCUACCUCGGCAAGAGGAUCGCCUUCGUCUACCGGGGCCACAAGAAGAAGCAGGGCACCAAGAUCAGGGUCAUCUGGGGCCGCAUCGCCCGCCCCCACGGCAACAGCGGUCUCGUGAGGGCCAGGUUCGUGAACAACCUGCCCCCUCAGGCCAUGGGCGCCACCCUCCGUGUGAUGCUCUACCCUUCGCGCGUAUAA